CCCCGCUGCGAGCGGGCCGGGCUCUGAGCCGCUCUGCGGGGCCCUGCGUGUAAACAAUGAACCGGCACGCUGCUGCUCUCACCGCGCCUGAGUGCGGGGCUGGGUUUUGUCAGCCCUCCCUUUAAAAAGCGUUUCGAGAGUAUGAUUUGAAAGUGUCACCAUGGACUUUUCACGUCUACACACGUACACCCCUCCCCAAUGUCUGCCAGAGAACACUGGCUAUACAUAUGCACUCAGUUCGAGUUAUUCUUCAUCUGCUUUGGAUUUUGAGACUGAGAACAAAAUAGAUCCAGUGUUUGAUUCACCCAGAAUGUCACGGCGUAGUUUACGGUUGGCUGCUGGAGGAUACAGUAAAUCAGAUGAUGGACAGAGUGAUUCCCUUCAUGACAGCUCUUAUGCUGGAAACAUGUCCUUCAGGGAUCAGUCUAAGGUGGCGAAGCAGCGCAGAAGUGUGAGCAAGCAGUCUGGCAGUGGAAGACAUGUGCCAAGGAAAAAUCUGUCCAGCUCAUCUAUUUUUAGCCAGAGCAGUUUCAAUAGCCAUGCCAGUGAUACAUCAAUGAUAUCCACUGUAUUGGAUGAGUCUCUGAUUCGGGAACAGACAGAAGUUGAUCAUUUCUGGGGCCUUGAUGAAGAAGGUGACCCCAAAGGCAGUGACACCACGGUGCUGCUGCAGGGCAAUGGGGGCAUUGCAGCCCCGGAGCUGCAGCCCACGCUGAACGGCUACACGUGCAGUGACUGCAGCAUGCUGUCAGAGAGGAAGGAGGUCCUCACUGCCUACUCAGCUUCCCAUGUGCCAUCCUCCAGGAUCUACACCAGGGACAGGAGCCAGAAACAUGCAUCUAGAGGAACAUAUUUCUACAUGAGUAAGAUUCUACGAUUGGUCAAAAAUACUGCAGCAUCUUUUGCAUCACUAUUAGUGCAACUCUUUCAAAUGGUUUUGCUGAAGCUGAGUUAUGAAUAUAAAGCUCACUCAGACUACUGUGGAAGCAUGAAUGUAAAGGAGUUCUACAGAGAAGAUCGUCACCUUGGUGUGAAUGAGGAGUCAAUAUGUGAUGACUGUAAAGGGAAGAAACAUCUUGAAAUGUACACCACAGACCACAUGCGGUCCUCAUGGGCUAAAAGGGUAGCAAGGACCAUUGGGCACACCUUUUCUUCUGCAGGUUACUUUGUGCUUCACGGGCUGCGAGCAGCGGGAGCCGCGGGCUGGCUCGUGUCGCAGAAGGUGUUGUCUCUACUUUGGCUGGCCAUUCUCUCUCCAGGGAGGGCAGCUUCUGGCAUGUUCAGGUUGCUUAGAACUGGGUGGUAUCAACUUGUUACUCUGAUGUCUUUGCUCAAGGUGUUUCUUGUACGAAGAUGCCUUCCAAAGAACUACAGGUGGUUACUGUUUCUUAUCCCACUCCUGUUUCUGCUAGGUUGGUGGUUCUGGGGGCUUGAUGGCUUCAUUUCAUUAUUACCUCCAUUGAACUGGACAAGAAUUGGCACAAUACAGAGAACAGAUGAUUCUGUUCAUGUUCCUGAACCACAAGAUGACUCUUUUCAUUCUGUGCAACCUCCAAUGGAUACCAUAAAUAUCUUUGACUUUGGUCGUAUAAGUGAGCUGGAAAAGCAAAUGGCCUUCGUGUCUGACAGAUGCCAUGACCGAAACAAAGAGUACAGCAAAGUGAUGAGCCUGCUCCAGAAUCUUCAAGAUCAGGUUGCCACAAUGAGUGACAGAAGUGAAACCUUGAAUUUAAUAAAAAACGUCGUGAGUCAAUAUCUUAAAGAUAUGAAAUUGGAGGAAAAGACUGAUUUCCUGGCUUUACACAAAGAGCAUGAGUUGCGCAUCCAGACGCUGGAAGAACUUCUUAGAAAACUCUCAGCUGAAUCCAAGGACAUCCAGAAGGAGUUCGACCUGGCCAAAUCAAAAUCAGUGAGAGAUGAUGAUCAAUACAGUCUGCUUAUGUCCAAAAUUAAAAAGCUAGAAGUGGAGCUGGCUUCUAUGAAAUCAGAGCUGUUAUCUGGGGAAAGUGUGAAGACGAGUUGUGAGAAAAUGGAUGUCAUUCAUGAAAAAGUAGAUGCUCAGGUCAAGGAAUCUGUCAAGCUAUUGCUUUUUGGUGAUCAACAAGAAGACUUGCCUGAAUCACUUCUCCAGUGGCUUACCUCCAAUUUUGUGAGCAAAAGUGAUCUACAGACUGUGCUGCGGGAUCUGGAGUUGCAGAUCCUCAGAAAUAUUACUCUCCAUAUGUCUGUAACAAACCAAAAAGUAACAUCUGAAGUAGUUACAAAUGCUGUGACUAAUGCAGGGAUUUCUGGAAUCACAGAAGCGCAAGCACAGAUUAUUGUAAACAAUGCACUGAAACUCUACUCUCAAGACAAGACUGGGAUGGUGGAUUUUGCCUUGGAAUCUGGAGGUGGCAGCAUUCUGAGUACUCGCUGUUCUGAAACCUAUGAGACCAAGACAGCAUUAAUCAGCCUCUUUGGCAUUCCUCUGUGGUACUACUCUCAGUCUCCCAGAGUGGUGAUUCAGCCGGACAUGUACCCAGGGAACUGCUGGGCUUUCAAAGGAUCCCAGGGCUACCUUGUGGUGAGACUUUCCAUGAAGAUCUAUCCAACUGCCUUUACAUUGGAACACAUACCAAAAACUCUUUCACCAACAGGAAAUAUCACCAGUGCUCCUAGGAAUUUUGCAGUAUAUGGUCUGGAUGAUGAAUAUCAGGAAGAAGGCAAGCUUCUAGGAGAGUAUGUCUAUGAUCAAGAUGGAGAACCACUGCAGAUGUUUCCAGUGAUGGAGAAAAAUGAAGAUGCAUUCCAAAUAGUGGAGCUGAGGAUUUUCUCUAACUGGGGCCAUGUGGAGUACACCUGCCUGUAUCGGUUCAGAGUGCACGGGAAACCUGCCCAGUAAUGCACACUACAGCUGGGGGUGGCUGCUUUGUACAUUUUGUUCCUGAUCUGUAUAUACUGGGAAGCCUACAACACUGGAAUCUGUAAAGGACGAGGAUGCAAGAUGCACACUGCAGAACUGUUGAUCCUCUGAUAAAGGCAGAAGACUGUCAGCAGAAAUGUAUAAACCCCAAUUUUAAUUUACUCUAAGGCUCAGCUUGUAAUUGCCAGUUUGCUUCAUAUUUCUGUGUCCAUGCUGAGAGAAAUAAUGCAUGCAAACAGCUCUGGUUCAUAAAGCCCAGCUGACAAACAGGUGACACACGUUUUAUUACAAAUGAAUGUAUAGGUUUUUUAAAAAGAAUAAACCACACUUUCUGCAACUAGGAA